GAGCACGAGCCGCGCUUCCUACUGGCUCGCGAGGGACAAGAGAAAAGGAGGCAGACACACACAGACACACACACACAGACACGCACACGGACACACGCUCAGUGCGCAGAGCAGCAGCAGGACAACAGGCCCACACUCUCACGCUAAAGUCUUUUUAACGCAGACACAAGAGGAGGAAUCGUGAAACCUCCGCAUGCCGGAGGGUCGAGUGUUUCCAGUGUGGCGGGGGAUCGGGGCCAGUACUGGCGUCGGAGGUGGGUGGAGCCAGGGCUGGGGGCGCUGCCUGCGAUGGGAGCCCGACAGUCCCGGACAAGGCGCCCGGGUCCGGGUGUUUGACUACCCCGUGUGGUUGGUGCUGUGCCGGGGGGGCCGAGCCAGGCUCCAGGAGGUCUGUCAGAGAGGGAGGGGGGCGAUCAGACUGCCCACAGACAUGCUCAGCAUCAAACUCCCGCAGCUCUUCAACAUCCACCAGGUCCCGACGGUGUUCAGAGAGGACAGCAUCAUCUCCGGGUACCGUCACCCCAGCAGCUCGGCCCUGGACUGUGUCCUCAGCAGCUUCCAGAUGAACAACGAGACGAUCAACAUCUGGACCCACUUCCUCCCGACAUGGUAUUUCCUGUGGCGUUUCUGCGUCCUCUGCUCCACUCUGAACUUCCUGACCGACAGCUACACCUGGCCCCUGCUGGUGUACAUGGUGCUCAUCUGCAUUUACCCCUUCACCUCCAGCUGCGCCCACACCUUCAGCACCAUGUCCCCGGAGUCCCGCCACAUCUGCUACUUCUUCGACUACGGAGCACUCAGCCUCUACAGCCUCGGUUGUGCCAUAAGCUACGGAUACUACGUGAUGCCUGACUGUUGGGUGAACAGCUUCCUCCAUCAACACUUUGUCCCCAUUGCCAUUGGAAACACGUUGUUCUGUACGAGUCUGUCCUGCUAUUCCAGGUUCCUGGAGCUUCAGUUCCCCCAGAGGAGUAAAGCUCUGAGAACAGGAGCGUUCGUCGUCCCGUUUCUAUUUGACACUGUCCCUUUGUUUUACAGGAUUCUCCUGUGCUGCGGGGGAAGCUGCAGCUCGAGCGGCGCCUUGUCCAGUCACUGUUACCACCUCCUCUUCGCCUUCCUCACCUGCUUCCUGUUUACCGCCCACCUCCCGGAGAGGUUGGCGCCGGGACGCUUCGACUACAUCGGCCACAGCCACCAGCUCUUCCACGUCUGUGCGGUGGUGGGGACCCACUUCCAGAUGGAGGGCGUGUUGGCGGACAUGGCGCAGCGGAAGGCGUGGCUGGCGGCCCACGGAGACACGCCCUCCUUCCUGGGGACCAUCGGCGUGCUGGUCGUCAGCCUCGUCCUCAACCUCGGCAUCAUCGGCAUAUUCAGCGCGCCGCUGCUGUGGAAUCCGUGCCGCGCCGCCAACCCGCCGCACACGUCCAAGCACGACUGCAAGGGGCACUGAGGGUGCGUUUGAUUUGUGUGUCAGAGAUGAUAUUAACAGUUCACUGUAGUGCUUCUCUAACACCAAUAGUUUUAUCGUUCUGAGAUAAAGUUUUUUGAUACGUCGGGUGCUGAAGCGUUUUUUUUCUAACAACUGAAGUAUUUGUUCACGUGUUUACUGAGAAGCUGACGACCCAGUCACAUUUACUGAAGCCUUAUUUUCUCCUGUCUCACCAAGUUUGUGUGUGAGAGGAUGAAAACACGUCUGAAAACGUCUGUUUACAGCUCGACCGAUAGAUCGGUGGCAGAUAUAUCAUCUGAUAAGUAGAUUUUAAAAAAUGACCACUGGUCCUAAGAUGCCUUGGAAACGGAGGAAAUGUAAUUGAGGCUUGAUAUUUUAAACUUUAUUAUAAAUAACUAUAAAUUGAAAAAAAAAACACAAAUACUGCAAAUAUAUAGAAUUCAAAAAUAAAUCACGAUUUAAAUUUUAAACCUUUAAUUUUAUAAAAUGAGUUUUCAUACUGCAGCAGGAUACUGAUUCGUCUGUAUCGGCUCAUAUCGGCUGAGCCCUGAAUCGGUCGGGCUCUAAUCUGUGUAUUUUUCCACGUGCAUUUGAAACGAGGCUCUGGGUUGAAGGAAGCUGUCGUCACACACACACACACACACACACACAAGUGCCUUAUUGUAGCUGUAGACCACUACAAGUCUAAAUCUCCAACUGGAAACGUUUUAGAGUCGCAGUUUGCAGGGAUUUUCUAUUGAUGACAUGAUCCCCGGGGUCCGACUCUCCUCGACUUCACGAAAAGGAUCUAUUGAGAUUCCUCCUUGUAUCCGGACUUCCUGGUUAGUGCCGCUGGUUGUUGUUCCGUGCAUGAAGCAGCUCCACAUAAUGCAAUGCAGAUUGGAUUGCCGGCUCUUAUACAUCCCCCUAUUGAUUCCACUCCUGCGCCGACUGGAAUUGAUUCGCAGGCCACCGCGGCUCUCGUUCUGAUUGCCCGGCCUAAUUAUGAACCCCACAAUCUGCCUCAACAGGGGGAGGGAAAAAAAGAGAAAAGUUCCAGUGCAGCGAUGAUUAAAAGACAGGUACCGUUUUUAUAACUUGUUUCCAUGGCAGCGUUCUAGUGGCCUCAUGCCCCCUGAGGGUCUCCAACAAUUUGCUCCGAAGCCGUCUCUCUCUUGUUCUUUCCGUAACGUAUAAUAAGAUCCAUCCUGAACAUCCAUCGCGUGUAAUUACACCUUUAAAAAGAAACAAUUUGACUUUAGAAGAUUUUCCAUAUUUCUGUGGGUUUAAGAGACAUUUUGAGGAGAAAAGGACGUUCCUGUAGUUUCGGGGACGUAUUACUGUGAUGUUGCAGUAAACAGAAACACACUUGAUAUCCUGUGUUCUCUCAUUGUUCCGUGGAGACGGCUGUUUACAUUUACCACUGAAAUAAUAAUGAUCGUGUGUUUGUACAACUUUGUGGUUAUUUAUUGCUUAUUUUAGGUGCAGAAAUGGGAUUGAAGAGGGUUUUGUUUUCUCUUUUUUUUGAGGGUGGGUGUAGAUGAUAAAUAUAAGUGUUAAUAAAUUACUGAUUCACACUGAAACAAAGUCCAUCUUAACAAGUUAUUUUUGACCAUUGUUGAGCCUUGAAACGAGAGGAAAAUGUUUUUAAAUGCGUUUUCCAGCACUGAUCAAUGUUUUGGAGAUUAGAUUCAUCGAUUCAUGAUUUAAUUGAUUGCAACUAUUUUUGGGUUUUGUUUUUUUCAGGCAGUUUUCAGGCAAAACUAUUCUUCAGCCUGCUGGAUCAAACUGUCUCUUUCUUUAUUUUGUUUUUUAUAGAUGAAGCAAUUUAAUGAUAACAUUUUAAAAUCAAAAUCCACAAAUUUCAAUUUAUUGCCAAUCUCAGAUAAUACAUUCUUUUAACUUUUAUUUUAUUUUAAGAAAAACAAGACACAAUCAAUGGACAAAAAUGACUUGAUAAGAUGCAUAUUUUAGAUAAUUCAUUAUAGAUAUCGUCCUAGCAGCCGAAGCACUGUACGAGUCCCACGUUACUAAACAUCUCUGCUGCAGCACUCACACACACGUCGCUCGUGUUACUUGACAAACCACUGGGAAGGCUCGUAUGUAUACAACAUGUUUUUAAAAUGCCACAAAAUUUACACGCAAUUCCACCAACACAACACAACACGUCUAACACACACUCACACAGGGUUUAUCCGUGAUGGUAGAGAGUUUAGUGAGAGGGGGAAACGUAUGUGAUAUUAUGGGAUUGAGGUGAGUUUCAGGUCCACGUCGGACGCUGAUGUAGAAAUGUCAGAAAUAUGUAGAAUCACACACACACUCACACUCACACACACUCACAGACACACACACUUUUUGCGUUAGGGCAUUGUUUAAGAUAUUGUGGAGGUUAGUGUGCACAGUAUGAAAGUUGUGUUCUUUAUGUCAGUGUGUUUUGCCCACAGUGUGGUUUGCACUGACCCUCGUGUUGUUUCUCCACUGCUGCCGAACGCCGACCGAUUUUUAUUCUCUCCCCGGUCCUCGUCUUACAGCGUUCGUCCGUCUCACCCUGUUGAUUCUUGGAACCGCAUCAUUUCUGGCCUCUGAUGCGGUUCCACCCACACUCCUUUUAUUAUUGAGCUGCUUUUUAUUUCUCAGUAUGAUUUGUCAUCUCACUCACUCUCAUGGGCUCAGUAUCCACCGUGGUAUCGCCUCUACGAUACAGUUUUAUUUAUUCUGACCAUAAUGUUGAUUAUAAAUCCAGAUCACUGUUACUCUGAAGGUUUUUCUGUCCUGUAAACUUUGUUCUUUUACUCCUCAGCGAACAAGGUAAUGCAGGUUGUAAUUAUCCAGGUGUAUUGAAGGAUGUUUGAUAACGUGAAGUGCAGAAUGAAGACGAGUGCAGGAUGGACCAAUACAAAAACUGGGUUUGAAAAAGUUACUGGUGCCUCUACAAAACUUUUAUGAGACUUUUUCUUUUGAUAAAAUGCUCCGUUUGUUCCUCAUCCAGGAGAAAUGAGGUGAAACUGCUCUUAAAAUGUGUAAAUACGUACUUGUUCUUUGCUGUGUAUAAUUUUGUAAUUUACUACUUUGUUGUACUAGACCUGUGUAAUAAAUUAAGCCUUUUAUAAAUGUGA